UUUUUUUUCUAAAGGGGGUACGGCGUGUGUCACGUUGCGUGGGACAGUCAGGAACACAUUCACAACAAUGUGGCAGAAUCUUUGGAAUUGGAAGUAACAGUCCUGAGGAUACUCCAGAGCUGUGAUAAUGAAUGGAAAACUCAUCCCCCAUACUCCACUGGCUGUGGACUUCUGGCAGGUCAGGAAGUGUCCGCAUGUCCGCCUGUUCUUCCUGUCCCAUAUGCACAGUGACCACACCGUGAGCCUGACCUCGACCUGGGCCAACAGACCAAUCUACUGUUCACCGGUUACUGCCACGCUGCUCAAACUCAAACUACAGGUCAGAGAGAGAUGGAUCCAUCCUCUAGAGGUGGGCGAACCCAACAUGUUGCCUCUGGAUGAUAUAGGCAAGGAGAGGUUGACCGUCACUCUCAUGGAUGCUAACCACUGUCCAGGGGCGGUCAUGUUCCUGUUCCAAGGAUACUUUGGCACCAUACUCUACACUGGAGAUUUUCGCUACACUCCGUCCAUGCUGCGUGAGCCGUGUCUAAGGACCAACACCACUAUAGAUGUCCUGUACCUGGAUAACACUAACUGUGACCCCACACGCACCCUGCCCUCCAGACAACGAGCCACUCAGCAGAUCAAAGAGAUCAUCCGUAGCCAGCCCAAGCACAAUGUUGUCAUUGGCCUCUAUACUCUGGGUAAGGAGUCUCUAUUGGUACAGCUGGCCAUGGAGUUUAAGACCUGGAUUGAAGUGUCCAUCGAGAGACUAAAGACUCUCAGAGCCCUGGAGCUACCAGAUGUCUUCACCACUGAGCCAGGAGCGGGUCGGAUCAGGGCUGUGGACCAGUCAGAGAUCCGCUCCACCAACCUCCUCCGUUGGAACAGGGAACACCCCACCCUGGCUAUCCUGCCCACCAGCAGACCCCUGGUCUCCUUCCACCCUAAUGUUCAUGUGGUGCCUUACUCUGACCACUCCUCCUACCAGGAACUGGAGGACUUUGUCUCGGCCCUGCAGCCCACCUCCCUGGUCCCCAUCGUGGGCAGGCUUACCUCUGGCAUCCCCUCCUUCUCUGCCCUGCUGCCUAGGAGAAAACACCACAAAGUUCUGGUUCCCGAGUCAGUCCGGCACUAUAUGAAGGGCCUGCCUGAGUUGCAGGUUCAAGACCCUGGUCAGUCCAGCUUCCUGGGUUACAGUAACCUGCUGCGGAGGCCUAUCCGACCCCCUCCACCCAGAGGGGUGGUGUUUGAGUCCCCCCCUAAGGCCCCCUCCAGGCCUGGGUCGGUGGUGGACGAAGCCUGGGAGACAGGGUCCAUGGAGCAUCCUCAUCAGGAGGAAGAGAUGGUCACAGAGAUGGAUGCAGAUAAAGAUGGAGAAGAUUCAGACUGUAUACUGAUGGAUCUGAGUAAAGACCACAGCCCUACCACAGACAUAGGGCCCAGCUCCAACCCCAACCCCAGCCUGACCAGAGACCCUAACCCCAGCCUCAGCAGAGCCCCAUGGAGCCUGAAUCUGGUCCACAGGGUCUCAGAGAACCUGGAUUUGGAGGAGAGUGUCCCUUUCAGUCUAUUCACCCAGAGUAACUUUACACUCAUGGAGGUCCUGAGAAAUACUGCCAUUUCACUGAGACCCAGAGCUGUGAGAGAGGAGACCCAUCCUCAGUAUUUGCCUCGUGACAACGACAAUAUGGCCGCCGAAAACUGUAACUUAAACGGAGUAUCAGUUAACAUAACCAGUUCCCACAAUGGACAGUCAGACCAGGAGAUAGAAUGUCUUCCAUUACCGCUUCUUAGCCUGAGCCCCUGUUCCAGUGACAGUACCUGUGUGAACACUAGUGACACCACUGACACACAUACACAACCUGAACCUCCAGAAGACUGUGAGAUGUCUCUUCUGCGGUCCCUCCCUUUCUCCGAGGAGGACGUGUCUGUCUCUGGUUGCUAUAGGAACACUCUUCUUGACCGGAGCUUUUUGGAAAAAUUCAGUCUCUCUCCUUUAGAUUUGAAGUAGGGUGAAGUUGCCCAAACCUAGACACUGAUCUCGGGUCAGUUUUUCGAUUUUUCUCCACUAAUGGUUUAAGGGUAUGAUUGGGAGAGGUGAAGCUGAUCCUAGAUCUGUACCUAUAGCAGUCUUCAGUUCCACUCUGCUGUGGAGAGGUACCUUAGCUGCUUACGCGAGACAGAGACAGAGACCGAAGACAAUGUGAAUACUAACAUGUCUCCACAUUCCUUAAGAAGACUUGUACUGUUUUUGUCAUUUAUUUUGUUGCUAUGUCAGCUGGAGAUUUUCCAUUUAAGGUUUUUUUUUUUUUGGUUCAGGACUAGGCUUCAUCUGUGUCUGGGGAAACUGGUCUGUUAUGUUGACUUUAAGUGAAGUGCAUAUUUCACUGUGUCAUUUUAAUUUCUGACAUGAUUGGUGUUUAUACAGGUGCAGUAUUUACUCAGCUCUCACCUACUCUAUGUUAUGGCUAGGUUGUAGGUUGCAUGGAUUCAUUUCAUUCCCCGUAAUGUGCCACAGUGAUUGAACCAUGUUUUUAAGGAUUUAUUCCCCGUAAUGUGCCACAGUGAUUGAACCAUGUUUUUAAGGAUUUAUUCCCCGUAAUGUGCCACAGUGAUUGAACCAUGUUUUUAAGGAUUUAUUCCCCGUAAUGUGCCACAGUGAUUGAACCAUGUUUUUAAUGUGACUCAUUGGUUGAAAGGCUUCAUCCUGUAGCCAAUGUAUUCUAUGCCUUUUACCCAUCUCACAGUUGAUUAUAUAUAUAAUAUACACUGAGUGUACAAAACAUUAGGAACACCUUCCCCCUUGACUGGUGUCACGCUCCCUGCCAUCCAGGACCUAUAUGUCAGACAGAGGAAAGCCCGAAAACCUGCCAAAGACUCCAGCGACCAAAGCCUUAGACUGUUCAUUCUGGUACCGCCCAGCAAACGGUCCUGGUGCAUCGGCUCCCAUAACAACAGGCGCUGAGACAGCUUCUACUCCCAAGCCAUUAGACUGCUAAAUAGUUAAUUAAAUGGUUACCCAGACUAUCUGCACUGACCUUUUCUUGUACCGAAUCGAUGCACACUCACAAAACUAUACACCGAGUGUACAAAACAUUAGGAACACCUUCCUAAUAUUGAGUUGUACCCCCUUUUGCCCUCAGAACAGCCUCAAUUUGUCGGGGCAUGGACUCUACAAGUUUUGAAAGCGUUCCACAGGGACGCUGGCCAAUGUUGACUCCAUUGCUUCCCACAUCUGUGUCUAGUUGGCUGGAUGUCCUUUGGUGGACCAUUGUUGAUCCACACGGGAAACUGUUGAGUGUGAAAAACCCAGAAGCGUUGCAGUUCUUGACACAAACCGGUGCGCCUGGCACCUUCUACCAUACCCAGUUCAAAGACACUUCAAUGUUUUGUCUUGCUCAUAUACACAAUCCAUGUCUCAAUUGUCUCAUGGCUUAAAAAUCCUUCUUUAUUCUCCUCCCCUUAAUCUACACUGAUUGAAAAGGAUUUAACAAGUAACAUCAAUAAGGAAUCAUAGCUUUCACCUAGAUUCACCUGGUCAGUCUGUCAUGGAAAGAGAGGGGUUCUUAAUGUUUUAUAUACUCUGUGUAGAUUACCACAGUUUACUGUUGGUUUCAAAUGUGUUAUCUUUCUCACAGUCACUGUUCAUUUAAAAAAAAGUAUUGUUACCAUGGAAUUGAAAUAUAUAUGUAAAAUAAAGUUUAAAAUGUU